AUGACGUAAAUCGACGUCAUCUUAUGGCCGUUAUGGUACUUCCGGGUCGGCGCAGCCCUGAGGGAUACAAAGAAGAAGGCAACAAUGGCUGAUGUUUCCUUGUAUCUUACUAAUGUCAGUGUUUCUUUAGGACGGGGAAUGGAUACAGGACAGAUUCAGAACCCGAACCAGGGGCGGGACUUUGAGAGCGUGGAGCUGGGGGAGCUGGGGAAGAGAACGGAGCCGAGGGAGAAGGUUCCCCGUCGGAUCAUCCACUUCUCCAGCGGGGAGACCAUGGAGGAGUACAGCACCGAUGAGGAGGAGCCAGAGGACCCGGAGGAGGAGAAGAAGGACCUGCUGUCUCCUCCGGUGGAUGCGGUGAGGGUGAGGAGCGGUGGAGGGUCGGCUUUUUUUUUUUCAGUAUGGCUGUUUUAUGUUGCAGCAUGUGACUAUCUUGGGGAGAGGAUGGCGUCCCUGUUUGGAAUAACAUCUGCUAAGUACCAAUAUGCCAUUGAUGAAUACAACAGGAUAAAGAAGGAGAAAGAAGAAGAGAAGGAGGAGAACCGGCUGUCUGAAGAAGCAGAGAGGACCUUUAACCAGUUACAAUCUCAGGAAGGGAAAAACGAGCCAAUCACAUCACCAGACGGACAGGAGGGGGCGUCGCCCUGCCCUGAUGUGACCUAUCAGGUGGAGAAUGAGAAUCCUUUGGCUGGGAACACCAUCACCGUUCCGGCUAUCGUCACUGCAACCUAACUCUUCUGAAGAAAGGACUGUUUAAGUGUUUUUUUUUUUCCAUCUGUAAAGGAAAGAAAAAGAUUUAGUUUCACCAAGCUGUUUUGGUUUGUGUAUAACACGGCUUCUAAUGGGGCAGCGUCGCUGUAUUUUGGGCUAGUUGAAGAGGACAGGCAUGUCGCAACAAUGUGAAUUUAGAAACCCAUCUCUGAAUCUGUGAUAUUAUUAAGCACCUUUUAAAUGCAUGAAGUCGGGCAGAUUUAAGUCAAUAAAAGUAAGCGAUUGUCGGUUGCCAUAGCGACCUCAGCUAUAUUCUAUACAAGGAAAAUCCGGCGUUGCUCUCCUGUGCCUCAGAUAGACCACACUCAGUGCCUAAACCACCUAUACAGCCGGUGCCAGAUGUGGCCGAUGUCCCUUUGGACAGUUUAAGAGCCGCUCCGUCUACGUCUGUUAGCACUGAUGUCAUGGAUCCACCUGGCUGCGCCAAAGGGCUGGUCACUUAUACCCCUCCCCCCACAUACGGUUCAAUAUGCAUGCUGUAUGUUAACGUGUUUAAUAUUACAUGUUAAGACUUGUGUUGCACUUUCUGUCUGGAAGCACUGAGCAGAUUGCAUUGUGGCUCUGAAAUCCUCUUUUAGCAACAGGCUAGGCUAACAUUUAGCUAAAAAAAUAAGUGAGGUUGUAAGGAUUGUUUGUUACUGUUGUUUUCUGUCGACAUGAAAACGGUCUGUGUUGUGGGUAAUCUUAUGAAAAUGGGUAAAGAGUGAUGACACUAAGUCUGUUUAAGGACCUAAAAACUUACAUUUUUAACAUUUGUAAAGAGUUUUUUACUUAUGUAUUUAUUUAUUAACUUAUCAAGCCUUUCUUUUAAACAUUUUCUAUUGUUUUGGUAAAAUUAAAAUAAAUCGUUGAGUCUGAGUUUAACCAAUGUUUGCUUU